ACAGUGGCAAUGAUCGGAUCCAUGUCCUCAGCAGGCGACAAAAUCCUCAAGUUUCUCGUCAUGCGCAACGCUGAUGUAAAUGUCACCGACAGCCAAGGCCGCACGGCAUUGCACAUUGCAUGCUCAACACCAUAUAUUGACCGUGUAAAAGUAUUGAUCGAAGCCGGUGCAAAUAUUGACGCCAAAGACAAGUUUGGUCGCCUGCCGAUACACUUCGCCGCUGCAGCGCCUUCAGCAGAUGGUUUUUUCUAUCUUUUGGAGCAGUCUAAAGACAUGGAUAUCGAUGUGGCAGAUAAUGACGGCUGGACUCCUUUGCUGUGGGCAGCAAGAUCUGGUGCUGCAGAAACCAUCACAAGAUUGGUUGACCAAGGUGCUGAC